AAGAACUUCCGCUUCGUUGCCCGGAAGUGACGAAGGAAAGUAAACAUAGGAGCUUGUCAGUGGAUCCAGAAAUUAAGAUCAUUGCGACUAAUCCUAGCGAUUUUAUAAAGAUAUUGUGCUUUUUAUGCAUGCUAAGACACAUCUGAGUGAGAAACUGGUGCAAAGUAUAAUAAAGGUUUUGUCAGGGACGGGAGUGAAACUGUCCUUCUAUGUUCACUGACAUGGACUAUGAAUUGGAGGAGGACAAACUGGGGAUACCAACAGUACCUGGUACCGUGUGUCUGAAGAAAGACGCUAAUAAUCUUAUAGGGAUCAGCAUUGGUGGUGGGGCACAGUACUGUCCUUGUCUCUACAUUGUCCAGGUCUUUGAUAACACCCCAGCAGCUCUGGAUGGCACACUGGCAGCAGGUGAUGAAAUUACAGGCGUUAAUGGAAAACCAGUGAAGGGAAAGACCAAAGUGGAGGUGGCCAAGAUGAUUCAAGCUGUACAGGGAGAGGCAGUAAUCCACUACAACAAACUGCAGGCCGACCCCAAACAGGGGAAGUCUCUGGAUAUAGUGCUGAAAAAAGUCAAACAUCGCCUGGUAGAGAAUAUGAGCUCCGGCACAGCAGAUGCUCUUGGACUCAGUAGAGCUAUUCUAUGCAACGACGGAUUGGUCAAAAGACUGGAGGAGCUGGAGAAAACAGCAGAGCUCUACAAAGGGCUGAUGGAGCACACCAAGAGGUUGCUCAGAGCUUUCUUUGAGCUUUCUCAAACUCACAGAGCUUUCGGGGAUGUUUUUUCCGUCAUCGGGGUGCGAGAGCCCCAGGCUGCAGCCAGCGAGGCUUUUGUGAAGUUUGCCGAUGCUCACCGCAACAUUGAGAAAUACGGUAUUCAGCUGCUAAAGACCAUCAAGCCUAUGCUCCACGAUCUGAACACGUACCUUCACAAGGCCAUACCAGACACGAAGCUCACCAUCCGCAAGUACCUGGAUGUGAAGUUUGAAUAUCUGUCGUACUGCCUGAAGGUGAAGGAAAUGGAUGAUGAAGAAUACAGCAGUAUUGCCAUGGGGGAGCCGCUGUAUCGUGUCAGCACUGGUAACUACGAGUACCGUUUGGUGCUGCGGUGUCGGCAGGAGGCUCGCGCCCGCUUCGCCAAAAUGAGGAAGGACGUUCUGGAGAAGAUAGAGCUGCUGGAUCAGAAACAUGUCCAGGACAUCGUGUUCCAGCUGCAGCGCUUCGUCUCAGGCAUGUCCCAUUACUAUGACGAGUGCUACGCCGUCCUGAAGGAGGCGGAUGUCUUCCCCAUCGAAGUGGACCUCUCCCGCACCAUGAUCAACUACGGCAGCCAGUCCUUCUCCUACACUGGAGAUGAGGAGGAGGAGGAGGAGGAGGAGGAAGAGGGGGGACGAGGAGGAGAGGAAGGAGGGAGCAGCGCGGGGAGACAAGCAGAGAACGGCGCCGAGAAACUGAUCGAUGAUGAAUGAGAGUGAGUGUGUUAUUUGUGUGUGUGUGUGAGUGUGUUUGUGUGUGUUUUUCUUGUGGAAAUGAAGUCCACCCUUCUAUCAUAACUGUUCCUUCACUGCAUUUAAUGUCAAUGCACUCACCAAGCAGCGAUCUUUGCAGUGGAGUAUAGCAGUUGAAAUGGAUAACACUGUCGUCACAAAGGUGUAUACUACUGAAAAUUGCUGCUAUAAUGCUGUAUGUUUUUUUCUUUUGGUGGCGUUUUCUUCCUGGGACACUCUCACAUCUACAGCUUUGUGAUUAUUUUACCAUAGCAACUUUUGACUCAACUUUCUGCUUUUUGAUGUGUCCUCCACACAUAAGGUCAUUGUUGUUUAAUGACCGUGAGAGAGAGACACAACUAACAGAAGGCAACUUUAUUUUAAUCUGAAUGCUACAGAGGGGUUUUAAUGUGACGGAGUAGGAUUUAUAUGCUUAUGAGGUGUGCCUUCUUAGCUCUUAAUGAAGCGUAAUGGGUCCAGGCUGCGUGUUAAUGUGCAUAUUGUGGAUUGUUGAAGUUACACUUUGAUUUUAAAAUUUUUAUUUUGUUACUUUCUUUGCCACAAACUUGUCGAAUUUUGGACAGGGAUUUAUUUAACUACCUAAAAUGAUAUUUUGCGGUAAAUGUUAAGUGUCUCCUCAGCUUAACAAACAAAUGGCAAAUGACACUACUGGAUAAAUAUACAAAAUAUGAAGGUGUUGUGGAAGAUGAUGACUGAAUGCAGAGUUUGUUACAUCCAGCUGUUACAUUCCUUUAUCUUCUGUUGUUUUUUUUUUGUUCUUCUGAGCACAUUUUUAGGUGUUUCACAACUAGGGAGAGCUUGCAUUUGCCACAGCGUUCAGCUCUGAAAAGCUUCACAACCAAAAUCUUUUUUUAAGGUCAUUCCAUCUGUUUCACCUACUCAUACUGCAUGCUUCAAUUUAAAAUGUAUUUUUCUUUCUCUUGUAACACACCCGCGUUGCUCACUUCCCCUCAACAGUAUGGUUUUUUUUUCCGUUCCAGCAGUGCCCUGGUAGUGUUUAGGAGGAGAAAGGUAAUGGACACACACAGCCUCACGUAGCUUUACCACUGUGUGGAAAUCAUGGAUGAUUAAAAAAAUACAAACACUACAUGUAAAUAAGUACUGUAUGUACAAAGGGAAAGGGUGUAAAAACUGUUGUUACCACUUUAUUUAUUCUUUUCGUCAAAGUAUAUUUAAAAAAUUUUAAUGAGAUAAAAGAAUCAUUAUAUAUUAUAGUGAAUAUAACUUUCCACUUCUGUGGCUCUUUGUUGUCUUCAGGGGAUUUUCAUGAUUUACUAUUGGGAACACUUGGGGGCAGCAUCACAUCAGAUAACACUGUAAUGCAAUCUGCAGCAAAUACAAUGUGUUGAUAUGUUUUGUUUGUGUAUUGUUUUCUUUUUCUGAAUAACUGGAAUGUAAUGAAUCAGGAGGUCCAACUGUAUGUUAAUUUGUCUUGCACAGAUCGGUUCAUAGACACCUACAGCAUAUUACCUGAAAUUAUUAUUUUGACUUACACUUAAUUUACUAUAUGAAUCAUAAAAUGGCCUAACGGUUGUUUUGUACCAUGAAUAAAUAAAAUAAUAAUAAUGA